AUGACAUCCUCCUCCGCCACAAAACACCAAGAUCAGGGUGUUCACCAGGAAGAUAUAAGCCGCACCUAUACUGCUGGCGGACACGUGGAAGACCGUAGCCAGCCAGGUCUACCUACUAUCCAUCGAAAGCUUGCCAACCCUUCCCCAUUAGGAUUUUUGUCCUUUGCCACGAGCAUGUUCCUUAUUUCGACCUUCGGCAUUCAUGCCCGAGGUGUUGCCAUCCCCAACGUAAUGAUUGCCGUCCUGAUCUGUUUUGGCGGUGUUGCCCAAUACAUUGCCGGCAUAGUGGAGUUUAUGACUGGAAACACCUUCGGAGCUAGCGUCUUUGUAUCUUAUGGCGCUUUCAAUCUAUCCUACGGUCUAAUUUACCUUCCGGGCACGGGUAUCAUAUCCGCCUACACCGACGAUAAAACUGGCCAGCUCAGCUCUAGCUUCAACCAAGCUAUCGCCAUAUAUGUUUGGGCAUGGUUUAUUCUGACUGUGAUUUUCACUCUGGGAGCCAUAAGGGGCUCAUGGGUUCUCUUUAUAGAUCUUUUGUUACUUGAUGUUGUGCUUCUGAUGCUCGCUGCCGGUCUCAUGGUGGAUAAUAGCAAACUCACUCUCGCGGCAUAUAGCCUGGGAUACAUUGUCGCAUUUCUAAGUUACUGGGCUGGAUCGGCGGGUCUCCUCUCGGGAGCCACGCCCUUUGAGCUACCUAUGUUUCCCAUGUUUGCCGACAGGGACUGA